AUGGUGUUCGUUCGGCAGGAUAGGCAUAUGAAUAUGCCUCCUCCUCAAUACCACCCCGACACUGAUUCCAUAACACUAUCUCUACAUUAUAAUGGUGUGGCUAGACAUAUACCUGAAGCUGUGUAUGUGGGGGGGAGGGUGUCUAAAUACGAUUAUGUAUCACCCCAAGAGAUCAAUAUUGAAACUCUAAACCUGUUUUGUGAUAGUCUUGGGUUAGGGAAGGAUAGGGCAUUUUACAUAAUUGUGAAUAAAGGCUUUAAGUUGUUGAUUGAUAAUAAUGAUAUGAUGAGGGCAUGGAGGAGAAUUAGGAAGAAUGAUAGAGAGAUGAUGAUUUAUGUUGAAGUUAUGGUGGGUGAAGGGGCUGUUGAGGAGGGGACAGGGGUUGCUGAAACUGAAAUGGGUAAGGGGGGUGAGGAGCCCUUUACUUUUUUGGGGGCUGAAGUGAAUGAAGGUGAGGGUGCUGAAGUGAAUGAAGGUGAGGGUGCUGAAGGUGAGGGUGCGGGUGCUGAAGGUGAGGGUGAGGGUGUUGAGGGAGAUGACUUGGUAGAUAGCGAUUAUGAGGGAGUUGAGGGUGAAUUAGAAGUUGGUGGUGAAAAUGUGGGGGUUGAAAGGGAAAGUGGGAGGGUGGAAGGGGAAAAUGAUAGUGAUGAAGAGGAUGGGGAGUCUAGUGAAGAAGUUGAUGUGGUGGAUAAUGACAGGGAAUUAGAUGAGAAAAGGGAUUCAGAUGGGGAUGGUGAGGGACCUUCACAUCCACUUUUCAAUGUAGAUGAAACAUAUAACCCCACAUUUGAAAUUGGCAUGUUGUUUAGCACUAAAAAAGAAUGCAAAAAGGCCUUGCAAUCACAUGCAAUCAAGUCAAAAAGAACAUUGAAAUUUACAAAAAAUGAUAAAAGAAGGAUCUAUGCUGAAUGUGGGGAUGCUGAUUGUCAAUGGAAGCUGCAUGCAAUUAAAGUAAAAGAUGAGGAGACUUUUCAAAUCAAUCUACUACAAUCUCACCACUCAUGCCCACAAAUCUUUGAUGUGAAAAAUAUGAAGAGCAAUUGGUUGAAGGAUAGGUAUUUGCAGAAAUUUAAAUCAGAUCCAAAAAGAAAUGUGAAAGGGUGGAGAGUCGAUGUGAUAAAUGAACUAAGGGUUAAUGUGUCAAAAUCUCAAGCUUAUAGAGCAAAAAAGGCUGCAUUGAAAGAAAUUGAGGGUGCUCCUGAAUGGCAAUAUAGUAGAUUGUGGGAUUAUGCUGAGGAGAUAAGAAGAACAAAUCCUGGUUCUACAGUUGUUUUGGGGACAGAAGAUAAUAUGACGGAAACAAGGUUUAGCAGGAUUUAUGUAGGUUUUGCGGCCUUAAAAAGAGGGUGGAAAGCUGGUUGUAGGCCUAUAAUUGGGGUGGAUGGGUGUCACUUGAAGGGGCCUCAUGGGGGUAUUUUGCUCACUGCAGUUGGAGUAGAUCCGAACAACAACCUGUUCCCUAUUUGUUAUGCAGUUGUGGAUAAAGAGUGUAGGGAGACUUGGGAAUGGUUCUUAAUAAUUCUAAAGCAUGAUUUGAACAUAGUUAGAGAUUUUGAAUACACUUUCAUGUCGGAUAAACAGAAGGGACUUAUGCAAGCUUUGGGAGAUGUCUUUCCUGCGAGUGACCACAGAUUUUGUGUACGACACCUUCAUAACAAUUUUAAGAAUGCUGGUUUUAGGGGACAGGGACUGAAAAAUGCUUUAUGGAAUGCUGCUAGAGCUUGUACCGUAACUGAGUGGAAGAAAUGUAUGGAAGACCUGAAAAAAUUGUCUGAAGCUGCAUAUGAUUGGUUGAAUGAUAAACCUCCAACACAAUGGUCUAGAUCUCAUUUCAGUGAAAUUAGCACAUGUGACAUGCUUUUGAAUAAUGUGUGUGAAGCGUUUAAUGGUUGUAUAAUUGAUGCAAGAGAAAAACCCAUUCUAACCAUGUUAGAAUGGAUAAGAGAAUAUCUCAUGCGGCGGAUGCAAGAGAACAGAGAUAAGUGUGCUGCUAAGUGGAAGAAAAGAUUAUGCCCAAAAAUUCAGAAAAUCCUACAAAAACAAAUAAAUAAGAUUUCUGAUUGUAUACCAAUUAAGGCCGAUGAUCAACAUUAUUCCUUCGGCCGACAUAGAUCUUUCCAUGCUACCUUCGCAUAA